UUCCUUUGGACAAAGAAUGGGUUGAACUUGCUGCGAAGGAAUUAAAGGGUAAAGAUCCAGAGAAAGGAAUAGAUGUGAAGCCUGUUUAUACAAAAGUGGAUGCUGAACUCAUUAAAAAUGAAAUCCCGGGAAAAUUUCCUUUUACAAGAGGUCCAUACGCUUCUAUGUAUACAGCGAGGCCUUGGACUAUUCGACAGUCAAAUGCUUUUUAUCGAAGAAAUUUGGCUGCAGGUCAACAAGGUCUUUCUGUUGCGUUUGAUCUGGCAACACAUAGAGGUUAUGAUUCGGAUCAUCCGCGCGUAGUAGGUGAUGUUGGUAUGGCUGGUGUUGCAAUUGAUUCGGUAGAGGACAUGAAGGUUCUUUUUGAUGGAAUUCCGCUUAAAACAAUGUCUGUUUCUAUGACAAUGAAUGGUGCUGUGUUACCAAUUCUAGCUAUGUACAUAGUCGCGGGUUUAGAGCAGGGUGCUCAAUUAAAAGAAUUGGCUGGCACUAUACAGAAUGAUAUUCUGAAGGAAUUUAUGGAAAUUGCAAAAAUGAGGGCAGCUCGCCGCUUAUGGGCUCAUAUUAUUCAAGAACAUUUUAAUCCAAAAAAUCAAAAAUCAUUAAUGUUACGUACACAUUGUCAAACAUCCGGUUGGUCACUUACUGAACAGGAUCCAUAUAAUAAUAUUAUAAGAACUACUAUAGAAGCAAUGGCCGCCACAUUAGGAGGGACACAAUCCCUUCAUACGAAUUCAUUUGAUGAAGCAGUAGGGCUUCCGACAGAAUUCUCAGCUAGAAUUGCUAGAAAUACACAACUUAUUCUCCAGGAAGAAGCUUUUAUUCCAAAAGUUGCAGAUCCUUGGGGAGGUAGUUAUAUGAUGGAAAGUUUGACUGAUGAGAUUUAUUAUGCUGCAAGAGAAGUUGUGGAAGAAAUAGAGAGAAUGGGUGGUAUGGCAAAAGCUGUUGCAAGUGGUAUGCCAAAGUUAAGAAUUGAAGAAAGUGCAGCCCGAAGACAAGCCAGAAUUGAUUCUGGUCAAGAGAUAAUUGUUGGAGUAAACAAAUACCGUCUUGACAAUGAGACAGAAAUUGAGGUCCGUACUAUUGACAACACUAAAGUAAGAGAAGAGCAAAUUAAACGCAUAAACGAUGUCAAGGCGGCGAGAGACGAGGCUCGAGCACAAAAUGCAUUAAACGCUCUAGAAGAAUGUGCAAGAACGGAAAAUGGCAAUUUACUGGAAUUAGCUAUUGAGGCAUCAAAGGUGCGAUGUACUGUGGGUGAAAUAUCAUAUGCACUUGAAAAAGUAUGGGGGCGUCAUGAACCAACGAGUCGUGUUGCUAGUGGUGCUUACAAAUCUGCUUAUGGAACUGCGGAAGAAACAGAAGAAACAAUUAAAUUAGUAGAGCAAACGAAAGAAAAAUUGGGUGUUAACCCAAGAAUUUUGGUGGCAAAAUGUGGUCAAGAUGGACAUGAUCGAGGGGCCAAGGUGAUUGCUUCAGCUUUCAGUGAUUUUGGAUUUGAUGUCGAUUUAUCUCCAUUAUUCAGUACACCUGAAGAAGUAGUACGUCAAGCCAUUGACAAUGACGUCCAUGUGAUUGGAGUUUCUUCACAGGCUGCUGGACAUAAGACACUGAUACCGGCACUUAUAAAUGAGCUUAAGAGGCUUGGUAUAAAUGACAAAGUUGUGGUAGUUGGGGGUGUUAUUCCACAUCAAGAUUAUAAGUUCUUAUACGAUGCAGGUGUCAGUUCAAUAUUUGGACCUGGUACUAAAAUUCCCGAUGCUGCUAAAGAAGUUAUUUUAAAAAUUCAACAAAACAUAAAAGAUGAUCCUUUACCAUCCGAAAAGUCUGUUAAUUUAAGUUAG